CAUAGCAGAAAUCAAAAAAAAACAAAGCAAAACCACAACAACAAGAAAAAACUUCUUUUAAACAUGUCGAAGCCAAUCCUUUACUAUGCCACCUUAAGUCCUCCCUCCCGGGCUGUUCUACUCACCGCCAAAGCAAUUGGUCUUAAACUUGAAUUAAGACCAAUUAACCUAAUCAAAGGUGAACAUUUGACACCAGAAUUCAUCAAAAUGAAUCCACAGCAUACCAUUCCCACGCUACUUGAUGGCGAUGAUACAUUGAUCGAUUCUCAUGCCAUUUGCGCCUAUUUGGUGGAGAAAUAUGGUAAGGACCAACAGCAAUUGUAUCCCAAGGAUUUGGUGAAACGUGCCAAUGUUGAUGCUCGUUUGCAUUUGGAUUCGGGUCAUCUGUUUGCUCGUCUUCGUUUCCUCUACGAGCCCAUUUUGUAUUAUGGUUCGACAGAUUGCUCAAUUGAUAAGAUUGCCUAUAUACAGAAAUGUUAUGAAAUAUUGGAGAAUUUCCUCAAGGAUCAACCAUAUUUGUGUGGCAAUGAGUUGACCAUUGCUGAUUUCUGUUGUGCAGCCACAGUGACAUCCGUGAAUGAUGCAGCACCCAUUGAUGAGUUUAAAUUCCCCAAAGUGUUGGCCUGGUUGAAAUUGUUGGCCCAAUUACCCUACUACAAGGAGAUCAAUGAAACUGGUGCCGAAGAACUAAAGACUAUUUUCAAGGAUAAGCUCGCUGCGAAUCGCGGCAAGUAGAGGGUUUAGAUGAAUGGAUGUCAUUUAUAUAAUAUAUGAACCUAUAACUACACCUUUAUAUAUAGACACAGACACUUGCAAUAUGAUGGCACACACACACACACACACACUGAUACACACACUUGCAAUAAAAACGUUUAGUUUAUAAA